AUGGGCUCACGGCCAGCCCUCGAACACGCCCACGGCACCACCGCCCACAAUGCCCACAACGCCGUGCCGCGCCCGCACAUGGCUUCCUCCCUCUCCGCGCCCGCCGGCAAGCUCCCGCGCCUGCUGCCCGCGGACCUGUCCGCCUACAGCGACGCCCUCCUGCCCUCGGCCGCCAUCCCCACCUCGGCCACGUCGCUCGCCGAGCUCGCCCACCUCAUCCGCCUGCAGGGCCACCAGGAGCAGCGCAAGGCCCACUCGCGCCUGCGCCUGCACCGCUGGCUGGUCUCGAGCGCCCUGUCGGCCCGCAUGGUCCACUGCGGCGAGCUGGCCUACCGCACCCUCGUCGACAACUUCCGCUCCGACGACAAGAAGAGCUUCGCGCACCUGUACAACGCCCUCAACGACGUCCGCAGCUCGUGCGAUGCCACCCGCCAGUACGCCCUGCUGGAGCCCGACCUGCAUCUCGGACCCGCCAGGGCCGCCGUCAAGACGGACAAGGCCUCUCUCUCCACCUUUGUCAGCGACGUGCCGGCCAGGAUCCUCGACGACCUGCUCGGCUUCAUUUCAGAGCUCCGCACCAACCCCGAUUUCCUCGCGGCCCGAAUCGCGAGCUUGUCGCAGCAGGAGCUCGCCGCGCUCUCGUCGUUUCGCCAGGCCCUCGAUCCCGUCGAGUCUGUCAUUGCCAUCACCGGCGCCCGGGCCAAGAACGCGGCUGCGAGCAAGCCCAGCCAGAGCGGCCCCAGCCCGGUCGAGCGCCUGCUGAGCUUCCAGCGACACGACCCGCUCGCCGCCCUCGUCUACACCAUCUUCGCCAACUCGUCUGGGCCGGACUCGGCCGAGGACCUGCGCCGGACCGAUGUGUGGGCCGCGACGUGCGCCAAGAUGAUCAGGGAGAACAAGGCGGGGACAGACAGGUUUGUCAAGACGGUCCUCGACGUCUGGGCCAGCAUGCGGGAGUGGCCGGGGAAAGCCAACCUGGAGCUCUACCUCACCCAGGCCCUGCAGGACGGCCAGUUCCUGCUGGAAAAGGCCGAGGAGCAGCCCGCGCGACAAGGACAGCCGCCGCCGCGGACGACCAAGGACACCAUCGCCGCGGACGAGUUCUUCGACAAGGCUGUGAAGCGCCUGUUUGAAGUCGUCGACGACGAGCCGAGCGCCGGCGGCAUUCCGGACGGCGUCUUGGAAAUCGGGAACGCUAUCCUGCGCAAGUUGGACGACGAGAGAGGUGCCCGCCGGGGCGCCCAGAUGUUCUUCGUCUCGCGCUGGCUGUUCACCACGUACCUGAUGAACGCAAUCAUCCACCCCGAGGCACCCACACACGGCAUCAUGAUCGAGCACCACAUCAGCGAACACGCCCGCCAGAAGAUCCUCAAGGAGAUUGCUGUGCGCGCACAGAAACACGUCUUGGACCUGACGUACAAUUGGUACGAGCUUUGCUUUGGUUUCCGCCUCUUCCGGGAAGCUAACUAUGGUCACAGGAAGCAGCAAGUGCCUGUUCUUCCCGAGAUCCGCACGCACAUUGAGAGCAUAAUAGCCAGGUUCAAGCACACCAAGACAUACUCCAAGCCCAUCCUCCUGCCUGCAAAGGCCAUUACCUCUCCGCGAGAGACGGUCGAAGUGCAGCCGUUCAUCGUGCUGUGCCCGUCAGACAUCAUCACCCUCGUCAACACACUGUUCCCCGAGCGGCGCCCGUCGUCGAGCCAUCUGAACAAGGACGCCGAGCGCCGCGGUGGAAUCGCCUCGUCUGCGUCCUCCAUGUCUGGAAUCUCCAUGCCGUUCCGCAGCGCUUCGGCGGCGACGGCGGCGACGGCGGCGACGACGGCGACGACGGACGCAAGCUCGAUCCUGAGCGCGAGCGCAUCAUCCAUGACCAGCGACACUACCUCGCGGGAGCCCCUCUUGGACACGGACAAUGUUGAUCUGGGCCGGCCUGUGGGAGAAGCAUACGGCGAAUCAAACAUUGCGCCUAGCGAGAGCUACGGGCGACACCUGAGGAUGGCGUGCUCCGAGAUGACGCGCAUCCUCGGUGGUGACGCCACCUCUGGCACAUGCCAUCCUUGCAAAGAGCGCUGGGCGGUGCUGUACAUUUCGGCUGACGGCAAGCACCUCAAGCCGCGCAUGCGCAAGGAUGCAGACGACGAAGACGAGCACGACGAGGACUCGCACGACACGGACAGCAGCGACGACGAGGGCUCGGGAGCGAUCGACCUCGAGAACGACUACCACCAGCUGAAGGAUGCCAUCGCCAAGCUCGUCGACGAGUACGAGAUACCAAAGGAGCUGGCGCCCGACAGCGAGUCCAAGAGCUUCAGCAACCGCAUGACGACGCGCAAGGCCGGCAGAGGCCGUGGCCUGGGCCGAGUCGCCAGCGAGUCCUUUGCGUCUCGCAACCCCUACAAUCAACCGCAGGCUCAGACGCAGAGCCAGCUCACCAGCCUGAUUGCGAGCCAGCGCAACGUCCCAGCGCGGCAUCGCUCACCGCAGCAUGCACGGAGCAACAGCAACCCACAGAAUCCAAACGAGCGGCAGGAGAGCAACUCGGUCCUGGUCACGAUGCUCGAGUCGGCCAUGCUCCAAUGCCAGGCUCGCUCCGACUUUGUCAGCGCGCUCAUGUACCACAAGACGCUGGCCAGCCUCCGCAGACUGAGCUCGCCCACACUCGUCAAGAACGGCUAUGCGGCGCUGCUCAACUACUUCUCGCGCGGCCCUCGCGAUUCGCUCAGCAAGGCCGCCAACGCCAUUGAAGAGUUCGAAGCCUGGUUCGUCUGGUUGAAGCAGUCUCAGGAGCGGGCCGACGGCAUGAUUGAAGAGAUGAUGGUCGGGUUCAAAAAGUUGCGCGACAAGAUGUGGUACAUUAGCGACGUCCGGGGCUCGAAAGAGUACGAUGACGCCAAGAACGUCGCCCUCGCGCUCAAGAUCAUGGGCCAGCCGACCAAGACGCUGGACGGCAAGCCCUUGCAGGCGCCCCGCGCCCGCAACCACUCCAAGUCGUCCUCGAACAAUUUCGCGCUGAGGAACGAGGCCCAGCUUGUGGACGUCAUGGCUGCAUCUCAGGACUUUGGCGGGCCGAACAAGCUGUCAGACGAGCAGUCGGAGAUGACGCUGAAGUGGAUCAAUCAGUAUGGCAUCGAGAACUUUUGCAAGGGCGAGGAGCGCAUCCACCGCUUCUGCCUCGAAAUCGACAAGUGCGUCAACAAGAUCGUGGCCGACAACCUGAUGGAAGGCCCCACGCUCUGGGCCAGCGACUUGUACAAGCGCGACCAGCAGAUCUUGGACAGCGGCCGCCAGAAGGGCGAUCUCUUCCUCACCGGUGUCGGGACGCUGUCCGUCGCCGGCGACGACGAGUAUGAGACUCACGGUCGGCCUGGCUCGCGGAGCCUCGACUUUGCACAGCGCCCCAGUCACAGCAGCCUGCGCUCGGCUGCCAACCGCAACGUGUCGGGCAACUUUGAUCAGAGCCCCUGGGCCACCAGUCCCGUUGACUCGCACGACUACUUUGGUGGCUCGUCACCACUCAUGGCCAUCGACUCGGCCACGACCUUCUGGUCGCCGUUCCAGACGCAGGCUCAGUCGCCGACGAGCGCCGCCAGCAUCCGGCCGCGCACUGCAUCGUCCUCCAAGGGCACGGUGAUGCUGAAGCAGUCGGCAAGCGUCAACGAGGAGAAGCGCCGCUUCCUGCUCGACCUGAAGCAGACGCUGACGGGUCUGCUGCUGAGCGAUCUUGGCACCAUGGUCUUCGCCGCCGGGAGCGAGACGGAUUCUUGGUUUGGCGGUGACAUCCUGGAAGACUGCAUCCAGCGCAGGGACGAAGAAGAGCGCAGGCGCAAGAAACAGCUUGCCAAGAAGAAGAGCGUCAAGAGCCUGCGCAAGCCGACCCAUGUCGAUCAACGCAAUGUGCCGCUCGACACGCUGGGGAGGACCGAGAGAGGCCAGGCUGCACCUCCUGUCGCCACGCUCCAGCACGCUGCGGGCUCUGAUGCCCAGCACUCUGCAGGCGAGCAUUCUUCGACGUCGAGCGACGCCACAUCGCGGUCGGCAGGCGUGGCUGCCAAGAAGGCUGGCCUGCUCGAGUUCCCGUACAACGUUGCCUUCCGACGGUUGCUGACCAAGUUUGCAACGCACCCGAACCCCUACACGAAGCUCCACGCUCUGUACGAGCUCGAGCUCCUCAUCAUCGCCUCCCUCUCCUCUCGCUCGGCCCGCUCCUACAGCAGCCGCCGCGAGACUCUGCCCACCGUUGCGCAGUCGCCCACCCUCGGCGCAGUGCCCGAGUACAGCUCUCGCGAGCCCGCAGCACAGCACUCGCGCGCCCAGAAUCUCGACGAGGCAAUCGCAAACUGCUCCGAGCGCCGCGCAUACACCAUGGCCGGCGACCGCUCCUCCCCCGUUCCCUACCGCAGCGACGCGCGCUCCCCCGUCGGGCCCCCCAGCACCGACAUGAUUGUCGAAGUCAUCCAGAGCCUGCUCCGCGACGCCGACGUGCGGCCCAAAUCCCUCUUCCGCGACCUGCAAUACAUUGCCUCGUUCGUGCCGGCGACCAUGCUCGACAAGACCGAGCGCGGCAAGGCGUUCUGGGACGUCGGUCUCGCCGCCCUCGGGCUCAAGCAGGACGUGUGCCGGAUCAUGGUCGAGCUCGUCGACGAAGUCAUCAACGCAUCCAACACAUCACGCGCCGCAACCCUGCAGCAAUCCAGCGCCGAGAAACCCAGCUCCCGCACAGGCACCCCCGCGCCAGCACCACAGCCCCGCUACACAAUGCAAGACGCAGCUCGCAUGCUCCUCAUCACCGCCAAAGAAGGCGACGCCGUCGCAGAGCGCGAACUCGCCAUCUUCUACCUCACGAGCCCGGAGCUACUGCACCGCGCUGUCCUGCCGCUCACCCGCCCCAGCGAUGUGUUCAAGACGGAGCUGCUCAACCGCGAGAGGAAGGCGAGCCAAGAUCCGCAGCGCAGCGAUCCCAUGACGAUGUGUGUUGCGCAGCAUUGGAUGGAGCAGAGCAUGCGCGGUGGCGAUGGGCUGGCGGCCAAGUAUUUGCGGCAGAGGAGCGAGCUUGAGAGUAUACCCAGUCGCGCCUAG